CGCUCUCCCUCUCUCCCCGCAGGCGAUGGCGGCCCACGUCCCCCGGGCCCCGGGUUACCCGCAGAUGCUGUCGAGCGGCGCCCAACACCUGAGCGGCCCGGACCAGGUGCUGCUCCGCAACACCGAGGCGUGCGCCGAGCUGGCCCGCUCGCUGAGGGCCACCUUCGGGCCGGCCGGCCUGCGCAAGCUGGUGGUGGGCGACGGCCCGCGGGCCCUGCUGACCGGCGACGCGGCCACCGUGCUGCGGGAGCUGCGCAUCGAGCAGCCGGCCGCCGACAUGCUGGCGCAGGCGGUGCGGGCGCAGGACGAGGCGGCGGGCGACGGGCGGGCGGCGGUGCUGCUGCUGGGCGGCGCGCUGCUGGAGCGGGCCGGCCGCCUGCUGCGGGAGGGCCUGCCGGCGGCCGAGCUGAGCCGUGGCCUCCGCCAGGCCAGCGGCCGGGCGCUGCGGGCCCUCGACGGCCUGUGCUGCGGCGCGCUGGAGGCGGAGGCGGGCGCCGGGCGGGUGGCGCGGGCGCUGCGGGCCGCCGUGGGCGCCAAGCUGCGCGGCGACGAGGGCCCGGUGCCGCGCCUGGUGGCCGAGGCCUGCCUGGCGGUGCGGGAGGCCUCGGGCCCGGGCUGGGAGCUGGAGCCCGAGCGGGUGCGGGUGUGCCGGGUGCCCGGCGGCGGCCUGGCCGACUCGCGGCUGCUGCGCGGCCUGGCGCUGCGGCUGGGCGGCGGGGGCGAGGCCGAGGCCGGGGGCGCGCUGCGCGCUCUGGGCCCGGCGCGCGUGGCCGUCUACGACUGCGCCUUCGAGCCGGCGCGGCCCCGGCUGGCGGCCACGGCGCGGGUGCGCGACCCCGAGGAGCUGCGCGCCCUCGGCCAGGCGGAGGAGCGCGCCGCGGAGGCCGGCGUGGCGCAGCUGGAGCGGGCCGGGGUGAGGCUGCUGGCGGUGGGCGGCCGCCUGAGCGACGCGGCGCUGCACUGGGCCGAGCGCUGCGGCCUGCUGGUGCUGCGGCUGCACUCGCGGCGGGCGCUGGCCGCCCUGGCCCGGGCCUCGCAGGCCACGCCGCUGCUCCGGCCGCGGCCCCCGGCCCCGGGCGAGCUGGGCCGCCUGCGCCGCCUGGGCCUGAGCGAGGAGGGCGGCUGGCUGCUGGCCACGCUGGAGCCCGCGGAGGGCGCGGCGGCCUGCUGCACCGUCGUGCUGCGGGGCUCCACGCCCGGCCUGCUGGACGCCGCCGAGCAGGCCGUCCGCGACGGCCUGAGCACCUACCGGGCGCUGGGCCGCGACGGGCGCCUGGUGCCCGGGGCCGGCGCCACCGAGAUGGAGCUGGCCGUGCGGCUGGCGGCCGAGGCCGAGGCCUGCGCCGGCCUGGAGCAGUACGCCUUCCGCGCCUACGCCGGCGGCCUGGAGGACGUGGCCGGCGCCCUGGUGCGCAACGCCGGCGGGCCGGAGGAGCGGGCCGUGGCCCGGCUGCGGGCCCUGCACCAGCGCGGCGCCGCCGGCCUGGGCUUCGACCUGGAGGCGGGCGGCGAGGCGGCGCUGGACGCGGCGCAGGCCGGCCUGUGCGAGCCGCUGCUGGUCAAGCGCUCGGGCCUGCAGCUGGCGGCCCAGGCGGCGCUCGCCGUGCUCGGCGUCGACCAGGUCAUCGUGGCCAAGAAGUCGGGCGGGCCCAAGCCGCGGCCCGACAACCCCAACUGGGACCUCCCGCCCGACCGCAUCGACUGAGGGCGUCGCCCCCAACCCCACCCCCACCCCCACCUCUUUCUAUCCCCGGCCCUUCCCCCAUCUCCCCCUCCUCCCCUCCCCCAUCUUCCCCAUUUCCCCCCUCCCACCUCUAUCUAUCCCCGGC